UCUUUGUCCAAAAAUAUCUCUCUAAAUUCAUCCAUCAAUAUUCGUCCCUCUUUCUCUCUCCUCCAUUUUCUCCAUUUCUUCUUUUACUUGGCCAAAUCUUUCUUUUUCUCCCUUUUUUCUAUCUGGGUCUUUGUUGUAUUGAAUUGGGUUUUAGUUAAUUUUUUGUAUUGGGGAGUCAAAUUUUGUGAUUUAGGGUAAAAUCCUCAGGAAAAUGAUGAUGACUAUGGAAGGAUUAAUGGAUGAAAAUGUAUUGGAUGAUAUAAUUAGGAGAUUAUUAGAAGGUAAAGGAGGGAAACAGGUGCAAUUAUCUGAAGGUGAGAUCAGGCAACUUUGUGUCAACGCCAGAAAUAUCUUCCUUUCUCAACCUAAUCUUCUUCAACUUCAUGCCCCCAUUAGGAUCUGUGGUGAUAUACAUGGGCAAUAUCAAGACCUUUUGAGGCUUUUUGAAUAUGGUGGCUACCCCCCAGCGGCAAAUUAUCUUUUCCUUGGAGAUUAUGUUGACCGUGGCAAGCAAAGCUUGGAGACUAUUUGUUUGCUUCUUGCAUACAAAAUAAGAUACCCUAAUAAAGUUUUCCUGUUGCGAGGCAACCAUGAAGAUGCAAAAAUCAAUCGUAUUUAUGGGUUUUAUGACGAGUGUAAAAGAAGAUUUAAUGUCCGUAUGUGGAAAAUAUUUACUGAUUGCUUUAAUUGCUUGCCGGUUGCCGCCCUUAUUAAUGAAAAGAUUCUUUGCAUGCAUGGAGGCCUGUCCCCAGACCUAAAUAAUUUGAAACAAAUCGACGAGAUUCAGAGACCAACGGAGAUACCAGAUAAUGGUCUUCUUUGUGACCUUCUUUGGGCUGAUCCUUCUAGAAUUGAAGGCUGGGCAGAUAGCGACAGAGGUGUUUCAUGUACAUUUGGACCUGAUGUUGUUGCCGAGUUUUUAGACAAGAAUGAUCUUGAUCUCAUUUGUCGUGGUCAUCAGGUUGUAGAAGAUGGAUAUGAGUUCUUUGCCAAGCGUAGAUUAGUGACUAUAUUUUCGGCUCCAAACUAUGGCGGAGAGUUUGACAAUGCUGGAGCCCUUUUGAGUGUUGAUAAAUCCCUAGUAUGCUCUUUUGAGAUCUUGAAGCCACACGAACAAGGAAGUAGUUCCAACAUGCAACUUAAGAAGGUAGUUUUUCAGCUUUCAUUAUUUAGUUCCAUCAUUUGAUUAUGGAUCGGUGGUUUUUUGUUUGGACAUAGAAAGUUAUAAAGGUACCCUAUAUCCUUAGGACUCAAAUUUGUUUAUAUACGACCCAAAUCCAAUCUCGACCCGACCUAAUUAGGCUUAUGAUUUUCAAUCACUCCUCGUCCCUCUCAGUGACUCCCAUAAGUUACUUUUUCCAGUAGAUAAUGUGAGCGGGUGGGGCGAUGACAACCAGAUUGGAAGAUAUGAGAGAUAGAGAGAAAGAGGUGACACAAGUUUUUAUUAUGAAAAUAGGACAAAAUCUAUGGAUUACUAACCAAAGAAUGUUGAGAAAAAUCAAAGGGAAACAAACACUAUUGUCCAAUAAUUCAAAAGAUGUUAUUCAUGUAAUUUUUAGGUUAUCGUUCAAAUAAUUCGAGGGUUGCAUUGUAAUCUUACAGUUUUCUUUUUACUCACCCGAAAGGCAUGCCAAGAUAACUUUAAUGGUGUUUGAACAGGUUCCUAAACUCGGAGGCGCCUAAUGGAUACUUGUAACUUUAUAUGAAAAUCACGCAGUUGAAACUUUGUUAUGUCCUCCCGAGUUGACAUUUCUUUUCAACAUGGUUUGAGGAAAUGUAAAGCGUUGAGUUUGACCGAGUUAAAUUUGCAAUUCAACGAACUCGGCUUGCAGUUUGCUGGAAUGAGAAGUUUAUAUUACAACCUGUAAAUGAAACCCAUAUGUAUCUACUACUUUGUUCAAAGUAUGUGAAGUAUGUGACUUUGUUCAAAGUGUACGCAUGAUUUUUUCUCAUAAGUGACUUUUUAGUUAUUGUUGUGUUUUGAGAAAA